GUUGGGAGCUUUCCUGUCAAUGCGCACUUCUUGCUGGCUAACAUUAAGUUCAUUUUUAAUACAGUCUUUAAGUUGAGGUGACCACCUUGUUAAACAGAGGAGUCUCCCAGUGCACCGUUCAAACAGUCUCUUGUUGUGUUCAGCCUGGAACCGCUGGAGCCAUGUUCAAGAACGAAUAUCAGGGUGGUGCCAUCGUCGAGAUUUUCAGCGCACAAGGAAAAGAUCCUGUAGCGAAAUGGAAACUUAGUGGUGGCCAGGCGUCAAUAAGUAAAGUAUUUGACAAAGAAGUGAAAGGUUUUGUAUACAGCCUCGAAGGCAGUAGUCAAACCCAUAGGAUGCAGUUACCUAAGGAUGGCAAAACGCCCCUUGUCCUGAUUCAGAGGUUCCUGGUCCUACAGGUGAAUGUUCCUCCUGGUAAAGACUUCUCCACUGAGCUUGUCGUAACAGAUCAAGGGCACCUGAAGAGGAGGCUCUACCUGUCCACUGUACAUAAGGAAUUCUCAGCUACCCCUCUGCAUGCCCGAAUACCUCUUACCGGCCUCAGACGCAACAUUUGGUGUAACCUCUGUAUUGACAUGGGCUCCUUCACCGCUGAGCUGUUCCGAGGGGCGACAUUCCUGUCUCUGGAAGGCAUCGUAAUAUCAGCCUGCUGUAAGGUCAAGCGCAUCUUCUCCAUGAGGGCUGAACCUGCAGAUCAUGUGGACAGAGAUCUUUAUGGCAUAAGAAAUGGGCCGAAGGAUGAGAUUCCCAAGAGCUGCCAGUUUCCCCCAGAUGUUCAGCAUGUAACACUGCUAGUGAAUAUGGAGAGACUAGGACAGGUUGAAGUGAGGAAUGCACCCAUCAACUCAGAAUCUGAGCAGACAGGCACUGGCAGAGCAGCCACUGCUCGGGGUCCUAAAACCCAGGACAGCUCCCAUAUUGCUUUUGGAUCAAAGGUUGCAGGUCGGCCUCCACUCACAGCAAGAAAGAGCAGUUCUUCAGUAAAUAUAGCAGAACCCAAAGCUAGGACUGACCCAAGCAUCAGUGCACUGUCAGGCAGAAGUGGGAAUUUGCAGCCACGACCACCAACUGAAAGAGCAUCUUCAGAGAGGAUGAGGUCUAGGAGACCACAACAGAUUCACAGUGGUGGAAGAAAGAGUUCAGUGACACGGAAUAAUGGAGACAUACCUUAUCCAAGCCAUGAGGGAGAAGAGUCCUCACAAAGGGCUUCCCAGCAUCUCAUACAGCCUGAUUGUUCCAGCAUUGUACAGCAAGAUCCACCUUCAGAACAAUACAUACCAGGUCAGGCCUGUAUUUCAGAGACUCCGACUCCCAGACCUCUGCAGUGCCCGUCUCCAUCUGCUCUACUACCCCAUCUGUGUGUGCAGGAGAACAGCAUUAAUGAUAUCAGUGACACUGAGCCUCAGCUCAGUGAACGUGAAGCCGAAGAAGAAGAUGGAGAAGAGCUCUUUACUUUUUCUUCACGCCCUCAUUCAGCCAAAAGGGGUCAGCCUAUCAGUGACCCUUUUGUGGAUUUGGACUCUGAAAUUAAAGGUGAUAGCCUGCGGGGUGAACCAGAACGGAGGGAGGCACGCCUGGAGGAUGACUUCAUUGGAAGCGAGGGUGAAGAGGAUGAUAGAUACUCUCCAUUCCAGAGAUUUGCAGCACACUCUAGCCCUGCCUCACCUACUCCACUUUCUGUUCCUGUUCACAAAUCCACCACCUCACCCAGACCCUGCACUGACUCAGCACAGUCCCAGCCCUCCACUGCCCCACCUGCCUCUUCACACAGUGCCACAGGGAGCUCCUGGAGGACUGAACCUGCGUGCAUGGCACCAACCCGUUGUCUCUCACCCUCCACUGCCAGACAGAGGAGCAGACUUGAGUGGUCUGGAGCAGAGCGCACUAAGCCUGAUGGAGAAACGGGGACAUCCAUUAGUAGAACAUCUGUUAGAGAGAUUCUCUCUGGGGACCUAAGACUCCACAAGGUGAGGGAGAGCUUGAGGAGUACGCCUGUGGGUUCCAGCAGAUGUGAUUUGCACAAGAGGCCAGAUCAAGAAGUGGAUGAGGAAGAAGAGCUGCGAAUGUUGGCCAGUCUGAGAAGAGAGCAGGAAGAGGAGGAGGGUGGAAUGAGCGACCCUGGCCUCAGUGCUUCACAGGUUGACCAGUGCAAUGUUAGUCUGAGUAUGAGCAGUGAUGACACCUCUACAUGGACCCAGUGUAUUCGUCUAGCAGCUGAACAAGGCCAGUACUACCAAAAAGAGAUGAACCCUCUCCUCCACUCUAAUCCUAGGGAAUGGAUGGAUGUCCUCAGCCCUCCAAUAGUUCAUCCCAGCCAGCAACUGACACAGAGCAGAGGAGACCACAGCAAGAUAUCCACCAAAGGGUCUGAGGCGCAGGAGAACAGCGGGGAGGACGAGUUUCUCAGCCUGCUCUAUGAUCCCUGUCUCAACUGCUACUUUGAUCCUCAGACUGGGAAGUACUAUGAGCUGAUUUAAGAUCAGUGAAAUCAAGGGGGCUGCUCCACACAGCCUGACACACACAAAGACAGUAACUUAUUCCAGAUGGACUGUGGCAGUGGACAUAAAAGUAACCCUUAUUUCAAAUUAUUCCAGCUGUUUCAGUUAUAUUCGUCUUUCUGUUGUCACUGUUAAAAAAGAUUUGCUUGGUAUGUAUAAAUGUACAUUUUCAUUUUGAUUGUUUGAAAGUAUAUAGAUAUAACAUUAACUAUUAUAUG